CCUCAGUCAGUCGCUGGCAACAUUUUGGCGCGUGUUGACAUGCGAAGAGUUUCUGUCGGUGAAAUACCGCGCGACGCUAACGGGCGACGACGUUAACGCUUUUUUGACCGUUAAAACGCUUUAAGUUCUCGCGCGCUUGCUUCCUUCUUCUUCUUCGUAUUUUCCUUCAAAUCAAAUCCGUCAAAUUCUAAAAAGCAACACGACAAAAGCUGCAGCAAAUCCUCAUCUAGUUCUUCCUUCGCUUUUUUUUUUGAGUGUGUUUUUCCGUGAACAAAAAUAAAAAAUUUUUGCAUCCAUCAGCAUCGAUGACUGAGCACCAAAGUGAACAAAUACAAUAAUAAUCGUAAUAUUACAAUAAAAAAAAUAAUCCUGCAACUGAAACAACAAGCGACAGCACAUCCUUUUAAUCGCAAUCGUAAUCGUAAUCCAUAAGCGCGUUCAACAUGUCGGUCGAUCUGAGUGGUCAACAGGAGCCGACGAUAUCCGUGAUAACAACAGCUCCCGUCGCCCAAAAUGGUGGCGAAAUGGAUGCCCUGCUGCUUGGCAGGAUUGGGGAACUGGUGGCAAUUUCACCCGAGCGUCGAAACUGGCGUGGAAUUUUCAUAGCCCUCCUGGUAAUCGCCGCCGUCUUUAGCCUGAUCAUAUUCUCCAUUUUCUUGCUGUCGCCGGAGGAUGAGGGCCUACGGAUCCGCGGCCGUCGCAUGCUACCCAGCGAUAUACUCGGCAAGAGCCUCCAGUGGAAGCCGUUCAACGGCACUUGGAGUAAUGAACAUGAGCUCAUUUAUCGUGAUCCAACGGGCGGGCUGUCCAUACUAAACAUGGCAGAUCUCACCACGCGCAUUCUAAUGACCAAUUCAACAUUUCGGCAAUUGAAUGCAGAAUCGUUUCUUGUGGCACCAGACCAGAAAUACGUGCUCCUGCAAUCGGAUAGCAAUGCAGAGGGAUCCAGACACCACGUGUAUGAGGUGCAAACGGCCAACACAUUUCCCUUGGGACCAACGGAGAACAUUGCCGAGGCGCCGCGCCUCCAGCACGUGGUGUGGGCACCCAUCAAUCCGCCGCCACCGCCACCUCCACCAUCGUCUGCAGCAGCAGCCACAACAAGCACCAUGGCGCCGCUGCCCAGUGGCAGCAUCAUUCUGAAUAGCCUGGCCGGUGCGGCGGCUGGCGGCAAGACAACAACGCCAACACCGGGCUCAGGCAAUGGCAAUGGGGGCAACGGACCCUAUACGCUCAAUCAGGCCAUUGCCUUUGUGCACCACAACGACAUCUACUACAAGCCAAAGGUGCAGGGCGAACUCGUCUGCCGCAUCACCCAGACAGGGAUGGGCGGCGUCUUCUUCAACGGUGUGCCCGACUGGACGUACGAGAAUGUCCCCGAGCUAGAUAGCCGCCGGAGCGGCAUGGCCUUCUCACCAGAUGGCCUCUUCCUGGCAUUUCUCAGCUACAACGACAGCGAUGUCAAUGAGUACAAAUACACUUGGAUGGGCGAUGACAUCAAAUAUCCGGCAGUGUUGAGCCAACGCUACCCAAAGACGGGAGCCAGAAACCCCAAUGUCACCGUGAAUGUGGUGAAUCUUUCGGUGAUCAAAUACAUCAUUCCUUCGCAAGUCAAACUCCCAGCGGAUCUGGUGAACGGCAGCUAUGUGGGCGGCUUGACAUGGGCCUCGCCCAUCGACCUCUCGGUGACGGUGACGAAUCGCGACCAGACGAAGGCCACCACUGUGAUCUGUAGGGCGCCGAACUUCCACUGUCAGGUGGUGCACACGGAGGUGACCAUCAACGAUGGCUGGGUGCUGCCCUCCGAGCGGCCCAUCUUCUCCGCGAGAAUCGCUGCACAGAUGCGCCAGGGCCAUCGACAGUACCAGAUGCAGAUGCAGAUGCAGCUACAGGAGACGGCAACGACGUCGGCGAUGGGCAACGAUACGGUGGCGAAUAAUGUGAGCAAUGGCCAAACGACCUACGAAAUCACCAAUGGUGGAUACCUCCUGAAGCGACUGCCAGUGCGUGAUGGAGAGCAUGGACACUACCGUCAUGUGGUGUUUAUCUCAUCGCUGGACCGCCGUCCUGUGCCCCUGACGAUGGGUCGCUUCGAGGUCACAGAAAUUGUCGGCUGGGACGAACAGCACGAGAUCGUCUACUUUAUGGCGGCCCCCGAGAAGCGGCCUGGCGAGCGGCAUCUCUACAAGAUCAGCCUCAAGCUAAACGUCACUGAAUCCAAUCGCACGUACAUCACCUCCACGCAGCCCACGUGCCUGACGUGCGACAACACGGAGGCCACCUAUCGCCUGCACAGGGCCAACCCGUCGAAGAUGCCGACGCGCGGCGACAGCUGGGAGGACAUUGUGGCACGCCUCGAGCCGGAUGAUUGCAUCUACGAUAUACCCAAGAACUGCCUCUACAAUCGGGUGCAGUUCAGCGGCGACUAUAGCUACUACGUGCAGGAGUGCCUUGGCCCAGAGGCGCCCAGUGUCUACCUGGUGGAGACCGCCAGCAACGACAAGAUCUUUGUCCUCAAUGCUGGGGAUGUCCUGAGACAUCGCCUCUCCCAGCUGGCCGUACCACAGAUGCGCACGUUCAGCGUGGAGAUUCGUCACGGGUUCCAUGCCCAGGUGCGACUCUUUCUGCCGCCAGGCAUGCGCGAGGAGGAGGAGGUUGCCUUUCCCUUGGUGCUGCAUGUGGAUGCCUCGCCGGGGUCUCAGUUGGUCACCGAACGGUUCCAUAUCGACUGGAACUGGUAUUUGUCCAGCCAGCGGAGCUUCAUCGUGGCCCAGAUCGAUGGACGGGGCAGUGGCUUCCAGGGUGAGCUGUUGCGCACUCAGGUCCAUGGAAAACUAGGGACCGUCGAGGUGGAAGAUCAGCUGGGUGUCCUCACAUAUUUGCGUGACAACUUAAAGUUCAUCGAUCCAUUGAGAAUCUGCGCCUUUGGGUGGGGCUACGGCGGCUAUGCAACGGCCAUGAUGCUCAUCGAUGACUCCCAGCAGGUGCUCCAGUGUGCGGUGUCCAUCAAUCCCAUAGUCAACUUUGGAUUCCACUAUUCCUUCUUCACUGAGCGAUAUAUACCCUUGAAGGGCGACUAUCUGCGGGCAUUGCAGGAGGCGGAUCUCACGAUGAAGGCGGGCAACAUUAAGGGGCGCAACCUGAUGCUGAUGCACGGAACGGCCGAUACGUUGGUGCAUCAGGAGCAUACGCUGAUUCUGGUGCGGGCACUGGUCGAUCAGCAGGUGAAGUUCCGGCAUCAGGUGUAUCCCGAUGAGGAUCAUGCGAUCGGCAGAUCGCUGAGCCAUGUGUACAAGACCAUGGAGUGGUAUUUCGAUGAGUGCUUCGGCCCCGUCGACGACAACGAGUGGGACCCAACGGGUCUGUUUGUGUUCAAGCAAUAAUUAAGACCCCCCUACGAUCCUUACGACGAGGAUCCGCUGGCCAAUCAGCUAAGCGACAUCGACAUUGAUCCCGAUCCCGGCGAUCGGCAGCACGGCAGCAAUCUCAGCACUCUCAUCACGGCCACCACCACCAGUGCGUCGCUCUCCGCUCUGGACGAGCUGGACAACAGCCUCCAGGUGCUCGACCUCAUGACCUCCUCGAGCACCUCCACCACCCUUAGCAAGGUCUCUGGCAAGCUGUGCAACUACAGCAGCAAGCGCCGGCUGGAGCAAUCGGAGACGGCCCUGGCCGAAAAGACACGCAUCCUGCAGCACUAGAAGUGCAGCCACAAUGCCACAAAGUUGACUCUCAAAAUGCAUUUCCACUGUGCUAGUA